GAGUCUGAACAGGAACUAGAAGAUGAGGUGGAUAUACUGAUGAGCAGUGACAUCAUGGCUGCACAGAUGUCCACCAAGAGAAUCACGUUCUCCAGAGCCCAGAGUGGCUGGCUCUUCAGGGAAGACAAAACAGAGAGGGUGGGGGAAUUCGAAGCUGAUUUCUAUGCAGUUAAUGGUUUGAUACUGGAUUCCAGAAAAAGGCGGGAGCAUCUAAGUCCUGAUGAUGUACAGAAAAACAAGGCUAUGAUGGAGAAUUUGACCAAAGGAAACUGGAAUAACUGUGAGUUUCAGAGACGCCCCUCCCUGCCUCCCCCCGAGGAAACUAGUGUAACGUGGGAUGAGUACAUCUCGGAGACUCCAGGAAACCCUCCAUGUCUAGGGCGACCCUGGACAGCUAAGGGAAGCACAAAGUCAUUCAAGGCCACUGUCGCAAUGAGCAAGAACUUUCCAAUGUCUAUUGAAGUACUGCUGGAUGUAUUGGAGGUUAUUGCCCCAUUCAAACAGUUCCAGAAAUUACGAGAAUUUAUGACAACUAAACUACCUGAUGGUUUUCCUGUAAAAAUAGAAAUCCCAGUGUUUCCCACAGUGACUGCUAAGGUGACCUUCACCUCGUUUGAAUGGCGAGAUGAUAUUGACGAUUCCAUGUUUUUGAUUCCACCAAACUUCCGAGAAGAUCCGAACCGAUUCCCUGAUUUAUGACAGAUGAUGGACAUUAGUUUGAUAGACAUAUUCUCCAGCGUUAGAAAUGUACUGAUCAUCCAAAGCGAUGAAGAAGAGGCACUGGACUAUUUAGAAUUAGCGGUCGGAGUAGAGCUCCCUCUCACUAACUUAGGAAUCUCUAGUACAGAGAUGACCUUGCUUUUCUAAAAUGUUUUAUAUAGACCUUCACCGAUGACCUUGCUUUUUCUAAAAAAUUUACAUAGACCUUCACAGAUGACCUUGCUUUUUUUAAGUAUCUAAAAAUAGACCCACAUAGAUAAGCUCUAUUUUCUUGAGUUUCUUGAUAUUGGACACAAAGAUGACCUUGCUUAGCUAGAGUAUCUAAAAAAUUGACUAAUACUAAGAGAUGGCAUUGUUUUUUUAAUAGUUAAAAAAAGGAACUCUCAGAGAUGAAAUUGAUUUUUAGAGUAUCUAAAAGUUGACCUCUGUUGUAAUAAACCUUUAUAUUUGUCCUUUUUUUCAUGUAAAGUCAUAGUUGGAAUGAAUUUGUAUUUUUUCCAUACUUAAAAAAGAGUAAUUAUUAGUAUGUGUAUCUUUAUAAUCUCAGAGAAAUAUAAAUAUGCUACUGAUAUGUCCUUUUCUUGACAUCAGGGAAAUAACUAUAACUACAGAGAUAACUUUCUGUUCUAUAUGUUGUAAACAUGGUUGUUCAAAAGUUUGCUCAGUAUAUAAAGAUAUGCAAUAUUUUUUUCAUAUAUCAGACAAAGGUUGGAAUUAAAAGAGAAUAAUGUGUAAUCAUAUGAGAGGGACUUAAAAGAAUGUAUUUGAUCAGUUUCAUUGUGGUAAAGUGCUGAACUGAAUUUAGUUAAGGAGGCUAGGGGGUCAACAAUUUAACCACAAAGUAACCACCAGAUUUAACUUAUUUUUUUAGAUAUGGUAUCAUAA